GUGAAAAAUGGCAUUAAAAUGGGGAAUUGUAGCUACAGGAUCAAUUGCACAGGAUUUUGUAAUUGCCUUAUCGACUCUUCCGGAAGAAGAUCACAAAGUGGUGGCUGUUGGAGCGCGAGAUAUGAGUAGGGCAGAAGAAUUCGCCAAGACUUACGAUAUCCCGAAGGCAUACAAGGGGUAUGAUGCUAUUGCUAAAGAUCCUGAUGUUGAAAUUGUCUAUGUGGCAACACUCAAUACCUCCCACUACGAUAUAUCCAUGCAGAUGUUGGAACAUGGAAAACACGUUCUGUGUGAAAAACCUCUCUGUAUGAAUGAAAAAUCAGCCAAAAAAUUGAUAAAAUUCGCAAAGUCCAAGAAUCUCUACCUUAUGGAGUCAAUAUGGUCUCGCUUCUUCCCAGCCUAUCAGUAUCUAAAAGAAAAAAUUGAUGCUGGACAACUCGGGGAGAUUAGGAAGGUUAAUGCUUCCAUUGGAUUUCCACUGAGCAACGAUAGAAUGCUGAAAAAGAAUCUUGGCGGUGGGACAAUUUUGAAUUUUGCAGUCUAUCCCAUUCAACUCUGCCAAUGGGUGUUCAGGGAGCCACCCAAAGAGAUAAGGACCUCAGGGAAGCUCAAUGAAGAUGGCGUGGAUAUUGAGAUUGAAUGUGAAUUGAUCUAUAGCAAUGGAGUGAGUAAAUUUGAAAUCAGCACAACGAGGAAACUCAAAAAUGAGGCAGUUAUUGUGGGGGCGAAAGGGCAAAUUACGCUGAAUGAUAUCUUUUGGUGCCCCAUAACGCUAACAGACACGGAUGGAACAUUGAAAACUUGGGUUCUACCUAAGGGAAAGUAUCUUUGCGCCAACUUUCCAAAUAGCUCUGGGCUCAGUUUUGAAGCUGAAGAAGUAAGGAAGUGCAUAAGGGCAGAACAAAUACAGAGUAAUCAUGCUAGUCACGAUGAGAGUCUUCUUAUUGCAAACAUUGAAGAUGAAAUGCGUAGACAAGUUGGUGUAAAAUAUGAUGCUGAUGAUGAUGGUCAAUGA